AGAUGGUAAGAGAACAGUACACCACAGUAACGGAGGGCACCCACAUAGAGAGGCCCGAGAGCCAGCAUGUCUACAAGAUCGGGAUUUACGGCUGGAGAAAGCGCUGUCUCUACCUAUUUGUUCUGUUCUUGCUCAUCACCCUUGUUGUGAAUCUCGCUCUCACAAUCUGGAUCCUGAAAGUGAUGUGGUUUUCUCCAAUAGGAAUGGGUCACUUGCAUGUUUCACAAGAUGGACUUCGCCUGGAAGGGGAAUCAGAGUUUUUAUUUCCACUGUAUGUCAAAGAAAUAAGAUCCAGAGUGGACUCAUAUCUGCUUCUGCAGUCAACUCAGAAUGUAACAGUCAAUGCUCGCAACUCAGAAGGGGAGGUCACAGGCAGGGUGAAAGUGGGUGCUCAAAUGGUGGAAGUCCAGAGCCAGCACUUUCAGAUCCGUUCUGAAGACGGUAAGCCACUGUUCACCGCCGAGGAGCAGGGUGUCAUGAUCGGCACCGGCAGACUGCGAGUAACGGGGCCAGAAGGAGCUAUUUUUGAACACUCAGUGGAGACACCCCUUGUCAGAGCUGACCCAUUUGAAGAUCUCAGGUUAGAAUCCCCAACCCGGAGUCUAAGCAUGGAUGCCCCAAGAGGGGUUCACAUUCAAGCUCACACUGGGAAAAUGGAGGCCCUUUCUCAAAUGGACAUCAUCUUGCAGAGCAGUGAUGGAAUGCUGGUGCUUGAUGCUGAAACUGUGGGUUUGCCCAAGCUGAAGAUGGGGACACCGGGUCCCUCUGGCAGCUCUAAGGGAUUCUAUGAGAUUUGUGUGUGUCCCGAUGGGAAGCUCUACCUGUCUGCAGCUGGUGAGGCCACCACCUGCGAGGAACACAGCCACAUCUGUCUCUGACAUCUUCUGCAGAACAGAUGUUGUCUUGGUGAGCUGAGAGCUGUGACCUUGGCCUU